GACACCAGAUGACAGCAGCAGCUAGUUUCUGGAGUAUGGGCAGAGUCCGCGCGGGUGCGGACAUGUCGUUCCUCACGGAAUCGUCGUCAACCUCUGGCUGAUUGAUGCUCGAUCGGUACCUCAAGUAGCCGGCCUAUCGCCAUCCUCGUCAUUGGAGCACGUACGUAUCCUCUCGAUGUUGACAGACACAAGAUAAAAAUAUCUCCCCGGCACCCUCUCGUCCUUCCCUGCCUUCCUUUCUCCCACUGUCCCACAGCUACGGCACGGCCACGGCGCCACACACUCGGUGGGUGGCGUCUGCUCGUGCUCGAAUACGCGGCGGCAGCGAGGACGUCGGAACUUGCAGCCAUGGACGCGGCGGCGACGGCCGUGUCGUCGAGCGGCGACGCUCCCGUUCUCCUCCUUGCCCUCGCCGUCUCCCUGCUCCUCCUCGCGGCGGCCGUCUGGUCCUCGAGGCGGCGUGGUCAGGGGCACGGCAACGGCAACGGCGCGCCGAGCCCGCCGUCGCGGCCGCUGCUGGGCCACCUGCACCUGCUCGGCAAGCCGCUGCACCGCUCGCUGGCGGCGCUGGCUGCCGCGCACGGCGCGGGGGGCCAGCUGGCGCCGCUCCUGUCCCUGCGGCUGGGCGCGCGGCGGGCGCUGGUGGUGUCGGAGCGCGGCGUGGCCGAGGAGUGCUUCACCGCGCACGACGCCGCGCUGGCGGGCCGGCCGCGGGUGCUGGCCGGCGACCGGCUCGGGUACGGGUACACGAUGCUGGUGUGGGCGUCCCACGGGGACCACUGGCGCGCGCUCCGCCGGCUCCUGGCCGCCGAGAUCUUCUCGGCGGCCCGCGUGGCCGCGCGCGCCGCCGACCGCCGCUCCGAGGUCGCCGCGCUCGUCACCAGCCUGGCGGCGCUCCACCUCCACUGCGGCGGCGGCGCGGUGAGUCUCCGACCCAGGCUCUUCGAGCUGGUGCUCGGCGUCAUGCUGCGGGCGCUCACGGGAGAGCGCGCGCACGGCGGCGACGUGCGCACGUUCCAGGGCAUCGUGGAGGAGACGUUCGCCGUGAGCGGCGCGCCCAGCGUCGGGGACUUCUUCCCGGCGCUGCGGUGGGUGGACCGCCUACGCGGCGUCGACGCGGCGCUCGUGCGUCUUCAGGCCAGGCGCGACGCGUUCGUCGGCGGCCUCGUCCAGGACCAACGGCGGCGAAGGCGCGACGCCGGUGAUGGCCGAGGCCGACACGCGGCGGAGAAGCAGAGCAUCGUUGACGAGCUCCUGUCGCUGCAAGAAACUGAUCCCGAGUACUACACGGACACGAUCAUCAAAGGCGUCGUCUUGAUGCUACUCACUGCCGGCACCGACACGUCGGCGCUGACCACCGAGUGGGCAAUGGCGCUGCUGCUGACACACCCGGAAGCAAUGCGGAAGGCUAGAGCCGAGAUAGAGACUAGCGUCGGCACCGCGCGGCUCGUGGAGGAGUCGGACAUCGCGAACCUCCCGUACCUCCAAUGCGUGGUGAAGGAGACCCUGCGCCUGCGCCCCGUCGGGCCGGUCAUCCCGGCGCACGAGGCCAUGGAGGACUGCACCGUUGGCGGGUUCCAUGUCGAACGCGGCACGAUGGUCCUCGUGAACGCCUGGGCAAUCCACCAGGAUCCCAAGCUCUGGGACGCGCCAGAGGAGUUCAGGCCGGAGAGGUUCCUGGACGCCGCCGGUACGGUGACCGCGGUCACCACGCCCAUGCUGCCGUUUGGGCUUGGACGGCGGCGCUGCCCUGGGGAGGGGUUGGCGUUGCGUCUGAUUAGCUUGACGCUGGCGGCGCUCGUUCAGUGCUUCGAGUGGGAUGUUGGUGAAGGCGGUGUCGUUGACAUGACCGAAGGCGUUGGGCUGACAAUGCCGAUGGCCAUGCCCUUGGCUGCUGUCUGCCGGCCCCGGGAGUUUGUCAAGGGCAUGCUCUCUACUUGAAGUCUUGAACAUGAUGAGUUAAACAAUGGUUUUUUUUAUAAACAAAAACAAAAAGUUAUGCUAUCAGUAUUUGAUUGUUCAGUAUUCUGUAAUCAGUAUGCUAUCAGCACUACUAAGAACAAAAAAAUGUUUAUAUGUAUAUACAUUGGUAGAGCUGUGUUCUAAACUGAGAAAAAUCUCAAGCUCAAAUACGAAAACUGUUACACAAGCA